AUGGCCGUGGGGUUCGGAGAUUGGAUAUUGGAUAUUGGAAGUCGGGAGUUUUGGGAAGAAGGGGUAGGUGAACGCGAGGAGGGAGGUGGGAGGGAAGGGAAAGAGGGAAAGAGAAGAGAAGAGAAAGGCGGAGGAGCGAUGGAGGAAGGAGAGGGGAAGGAGGGGAAGGGAGAGACAUUGAAGCAACUUCCAAUGGGACUGCGAGAGAGAAUCUACACAGACGUUCUCCGUCUUCCGGAACAAAUCCCUCGCCAAAUGCACCCAGUACGCAACCAAACUACGUCAACACGUACCUCGAAAUAUAUCCAGAACGAAUCGCAGGACCUCCUCUUCAACGUCAACAGUUUUGAGAUUCGAAUCAUCGGAGAAAAUCUUCGUUGGCAACAGCUGAACCAUCGUGGCAUGCAGAACAUUGGAGAAUAUUGUCCUCACAAGCAGCCUCCAACAGCAUUCUACUCCCACAAGAAGGCCCGAGAGACGAGAAAUCUCCAACAUUUCAUACUUAUCCGUGAAUUCGAAACCGCCGAAGAAGAAUUUUUGGCUGCUGCAAAGGUCGUCAUCCAGGUUCUCAGCGAGUGUGAAGUGAUAAAGAACUUGCACAUCCAUAUCAAGGAGCAAAGGAGACCGUCGGAACUCACGAAGCAGCUGCUGGGCAUGUUUCGCGAAUUAAGGGGUUGUGAAAAUGUCUUCCUGGAUGUUUGUAGCACAGGGUGGAGACUCCGACCCAAGUAUGCUGCAGACAUCGCUUUGGAUAUGGAAUUGGCAAAGGGCGAAAUUUCGGAGGGGAUAUUUCAUGACUGUCACCUGUACGAAGAUCGGGACCUGUUUGAAUACUUCGACGGAGAGGACGAGGAGGAUAGCGAAUCUGGUUAUGAUGGCUACGAGAAUGCCUGUUCUGAUAUGGUAGAUGCUGGAACGCUAUAUGAUGUUCAUUUUGGGGGCGGUAGCCCGAUUAGGACGCGGUCGUGUACAGAUUGCUUGGCUGAUUGA